AUGUCUUUGGCGCUUCAUUGUGAUUUGUGCGGGUCGCCGUCUGCCAAAUUCCGUUGCGAGCGAUGUUACAACCAGCUCUUCUGUCGCUCCUGUGACGACGUUUUCCAUCGACACCCGAAAAGAAUGAGUCACGCCAGACAGCCAUUAGAAGACCAGAUGGUCUGGGCGACUGACCAGUCUCGUCCACCUCUCCCACCAAAAGGCGAUACUAUUCAGAAUAAUGCACCAGUUCCACCACCGAGAAGGCAUAGGAUGCAACAACCCCAGCAGCAAAUGCGCAGGGCGUCUCAAUUUACGCCACGCCCCUCUAUUAGAGAUGUCACUAAUCAAGGAAUAUUCCAGAGCGGUCUUCAUGUUGGACAUUACAGACACAUGUCUGAAGGUCUGCUGUCAGUCCAAGAAAAUCAUGAUGAAGACAGACCUCCAACCCCACCACCUAUCAGCACCAUCCCACAACACCCACCCAGUAUGCUUUUCAGGCGACCUCUAGCUUCUUCUCAGCAAGCAAUAGGUCUCCAGUACAGGGGACCAUCAAUGCACAUGAGCUGCGGGAACUUGGCUGCAUCAGGACCACAAAAAUAUGAACUCCCAUUGCCAAUCCAAAGGAAUUUCCCGCAGCAGCACCUGGUUCAAAAGCCAAUGAUACCAAGACCCAGGAUCCUUGAUAAUAAGGGAUUCAAUCGUGCUGGUUGUUUAUCCCCAACAAACAGUUUACAAGCAAGAAUGUCUAGCCAGGAGUCCUUGUUUCAUGACAACUGGUCAAGUUUGGAACAACAGGGAUCAAGAAUGCAGUCUCCUGCACAGAAACCGCCAAGCUUACAUGGAUGGAGGAAUGAGGAUAGGAGAAAUGCUCACAAUGACCCAAGAAUGGAUACUACAAGUAGACCUGCUGUACACACUUUGCCAGUUUCCACCAGGCCUCCUGCUGAUUGGAAUCUGCCCAGGCAGCAAUUGCCUAUUCCUUCAAGACAAGGAUUUUACAAACAAACCAAUGGAAGCUUACUGAGCCUGAACAACUCUGAGGGGCAGCAAUCAAGAGCACCCAGCAGAUUAAUGGCACCAACACCAAUGCAACAAGCACAGUCCAUGGCUAACCUUACUUGUCCUUCCUGCCAAAACACCACCCUGUGGGGACCAGACCCUGCCAAAAUUGAGGACAGAGCAAUUUCUGUCAUGACCCAGCCUUAUGUACCAGAGGACACAAAUAUCUACAGUCAAGAUAAACAGCAACUAAUGGAAAGAAAGAAAUCAAUGCCAACCACCAAGGAGACUCCAGCAGAAAAACAUUACAUGAGGCUGCACUCUUUGCAACAGCAACAACAACAAAAUAGCUUUCCUCCACCCAGAAGAGCACCUAGUGUUGACAUAAUGAAUGAAUGGAUGCCACAGCCUAAAUUACCACCACAAAGCAGCUCAAUGCACAGAAAGUUUUCAAAAUCCGCUCAAAGGACGCAACAAACUGGAAGACAUUAUGCCAGGUCUGUGCCACCAAGAUCAUCUUCAGAAGAAUCAGAAGAAGACUUUUAUUCCAUUGGACACAGUGAUGAUGAUUUCCAAGACACUCUCUCCUUCAAAACCCUGAGAAGUAGGAGAUCCAGAGCAGCAUCACAGCAUGCACUAACAGCUGAAUCAAAUAUGUCUUUGGAUGCAACUGCCAAAUGGCAAUGCAAAUUCUGCACCUUUCUAAAUGCACCAACAGCCAAGAUUUGUGUCAUUUGCUCAAAGACCAAUGUGGUACCCAAGGGGUCUCAUCCUGCAAUGCGACACAGGCGCUUCAAGAAGCACAUCAGGAGGUCCAAUACUGAUCAACUUUUGCAAUCCAAAGACUUGUUGGAAACUGUGUCUCUGCCACCACCAGAGAAAGAACAGUCAAGGUGUUCUUCCUCGCUGAGUUCAGACCUGGACACAGCCAUUGAUGACACUGCAGUUUCAAAGAAGUCCAUCCCCAAAAAUGUGACUUCAUUGACCCCAGGAAACAAGAAGCUAGAUUUAAGGCCAAUAAUCAGCACAGAUCAAGGCACAGAUCCACUGAAACUCGAAGAUGCUGAGGACCUGGAAUCCCUGGAUGGCAAAGUACAUCAACUCAUCAUCCAUAGCCCUACAGCUAUUGUGGCCAAUGAAAGCACACCUCAGCCAGCAUUAAGCCCUGCCACUGAUUCUGAUGAGGGAGGAGAAAUCGUAUCAGGAAAUGUGACACUCAGGACAGUAGCAAAUGCAGAAAUCCAAGUAGCAGGAAUCAAAGAAGGCCCAGCAGUCAGUCACAUAAUCCAGCCAAAACAAUGCAUGUCAAAGGGAACAUCUCCUCCUCCCAUUGAAAUUGGCACACAGGUUCAAAAAGAGUUUCACAAGGGAUUUGUUCUCCAGACACAAGAAGAGGAUAUUUUUUAUGAAGUCUCUAGUGUGCUUCCACCCAGGAUUCCAAUUCCUCAGGCCACAAUGGCCUCACACAUUCAUAAGGUCAGGGAUAUCCCAGUCAGACCUCAAGUGACAAGCCAUACAAUGCAUGACAACAAACCAAGCUCAUUUGCUCCUGUUGGCUUUGUUCCUGUCAAGGAAACAGCUCCUUGGAAUUCCAUGCCCCAAAACAAUGCCAAGUUUGUGGUGCAUCCAUUACACAGCAGCAAGUCUCCUCUUCUGCCAACAGAACCCAUGAGACAGUUCAGCAUAAAUUUCAAUGGCGUUUCAGUUGAGCUUUUUGCAUUGACUGAGAAGUAUCCCACUGUCAAAAGGGAAGAAAUUCUGGAAGUGCUGGAGCAAUUUGGAGGGGAUCAACAGAGGGCUGACAUGGAAUUGGCAAAGGCACAGUUCAAGCCCAUUUUUAUGCAAAUGAUGAUUCCCAGGCAUAUGGAGAGUAAUCAAAAUCAUCCCAUUUCUCCAUUCAGUCUGCCUUAUCAAACUGUUUCCCCAAUUUUCAAAGAUUCAGCAAUGACAGCAACAGUAAUGGCAAAGAAUCCAACAAUUCCUGUCCUUGCACCUCAGCAACCUAUUGACAAAUCUGCAGGGAGUUCAUCACCAACUGCGCUAUUUAGUGACGCCAAUGCAGAAUUCACAGAAGAAAUAUUUACAGAGAAGCCCCCUGAAAUUCUCAAUUUUCACAAACCAGAGGAUGCUGUUGAAUAUAUGGAAACCACUCAAGUGAUUCCAAUUGAGGAAACCCCUCUGCAACCAGUGACAGUCAAGGUGGAAGUGCCUGAAAUUCUGCCAGAGCCUCAAGCUGAAAUCCCUGAACCUGUGGUAGAAGUCCUGAGUCAGGAGUUUGUGAUGGAAUCUGAACAUGUGCCUGAUGGUCAAGUUCACAAAGCUAAUGGAGGGUCAGACAAGGCUGUCAAGCCUGAGUUUGAGAGGAAAGUCAGGCGUCUCCUGGCUGAGGGUCUGGUGAGAAAUUACAAAGAAGGAGAAAUAGCAGCAAGGCUCAUGGAAUUGGAUUUUUCAGAGCCAAAUUGCCUCCAAGCAGCAAGGGAAUGUGAUAGUCUUUACACAGCUAUCACAUUUCUCCAACAAUCCUGUGAGAUAUGUCUUCUCAAAGUGCCAAUCAGCCAAAUGGUGUCUAUGCUGCAUUGCACUCACCGCUGUUGCCGCAGUUGUGCUAAAGUUCACUUUACCAACUGCAUAAAAGAAAGGAGCAUUCUGGAAAUCAAGUGCCCAUUUUGUGACCAGCCCAACCUUCAGAAUGACGACUUAGCUCAAGAAUAUUUUUCCCAUCUAGAAAUCAUCCUGAAAAACACCAUUGAUGAUGAGGCCUUUCAUCUUUAUCAACAAAAACUCAGGGACUGGAGUCUCAUGAAAGAUCCAGCCUUCAGAUGGUGUGCACAAUGGACAAAAGAGCAUGAAGACAUGACUUGUCAACAGUUCUCAGUUCUGGAUACAAAACCAGAGGACAAAAUUCACCAGGCAGAGCUUCUAAUAGAAGAACAGCUCAAAGAAAAUGGGAUUCAGUGCCCCAAUUGCCACUUCCGUUACUUACUAGCUAGAGGUGGUUGUAUGCACUUCACUUGUGUCCAGUGUAGACAUGAGUUCUGCAGUGGCUGUGACAAGCCAUUCUUCAUGGGCAUUCAAUGUCCACUGAAAGUUGAGUUUUGUGCAAAACUUGGACUCCAUGCUCACCACCCAAGAAACUGCUUGUUUUAUCUAAGAGACAAAGAGCCUGCAUUGCUGAAGAAACUGCUGAAAGAAAAUGGAGUAGAGAUCAAAGAAGAUGCAGGAGAGUCAUUGCCAAGUCAACAAAGGAAAUGUUUCAUUACAGAAGUCAGAGAGACAAUCUCAGGACUGGAAGAACACCUCUGUGGAGAAGAUUCUCCUGAAGGAAAUGCUGGCUUAUGCAGAAACCAUUAUGUGGAAUAUCUUGGAAGCCUGAUCAGGAAGAACAUGUUGGAUCCAGUCUCAAUAAUGUCAACAGAUGACUUAGAAGUGGUGAUCAGAAGAGCAAAUCAGAGAAUGCCAUUUAGGAGCCCUGGAGAGACACCUGAAGAGUACCGUCCAAAAUUACUUAAGGUAAUACAAGACCACAUCCAUCUGGAAUCAUCAGACAGCAGGUCAUCAGACAGCAGGUCAACCUCAGACCUGGGUGAUAAGAAGCUGUCCAGAGGAUUAGAAUCAUUCCUGCUCCACACUUCUCCUUCAGUGAUCUGAGAAUUAAUGCUACAUUCAUAGAUUUAAAAUAUAACAGCAGUGCAUACUGAUAUACCCAAAGAGUUCCCUGCAUUUUGUCUUUUGCUUUACCAUGUGAGAAAAAAGCCAGUGCCAUGUAAUAUAGACUGGAAAUCAAUGAAUGAAAAUAAAGCG